AUAGAAAUUGUCUCCCCUAAUCUGAAUUACAACCAGCCUUUUAUAGGCGUAUACAAAUCGUAACCGCUACCGAUAAUAAUGACUAAUUAAUUACAACAUUAAUACGGAAUUAAAUACAUGAUUAAUAGUGCAUUGAUUGCUUGACCGUUACUCUUCCAGGCUGGGAGGUCGGCCGGACUGGCAGGCUCCCCGCUGGGCUGAUAGGCAGGCUCUAGGUUGUGGAUUUGGAUCCACGGAUCCAAGUUCGGGGCUUGGGCUAUUAGGCUCUGGGCCUAGUCCCAUAACUCCAUCAAUCUCAUUUAUUGUUUGCGGGCGGAUGAUAGCUUUCUUUCCUUUAAGACUACCGAAAGUGAGUGUGAUGCCACUAAAUCUAUACUACAUCAAUAUGAGUUAUUCUGGGGACAAAUGGUCAACUUUAAUAAAUCCAGCAUUACAUUUAGUCCUAAUGUGGAGGGAGCUACCCGUGUGUCUCUCUGUAAUAGACUGGGCAUCACAGAAGAAGAGAACCAACCAAAGUAUCUCGGGCUAUCGACAUUGGUGGGCAGGGGGGGGAAGCGUGUUAUUCUGAGUUAUCUCCGCAAGAGGAUUAUAAAUAAAAUUAAAGGAUUUUUAUCCCGGGCUGGAAGGGCGGUACUCUUGAAAAACGUGGCGCACGCACUCCCAAUUUACACUACACUAUGAAUGUAUUUUUAUUGCCGAAAGAGUUGUGUGAAGAAAUUGAAAUAAUUAUGAAUGGCUAAUGGUGGAAUGGAACGAAAGGGAGCAGGAAAGGCAUAAAGUGGAAAUCAUGGAGCGGGCUUUGUCGACUGAAGUCGGAAGGAGGGCUAGGGAUUCGGCGAUUGCGGGAUUUCAAUAUUGCCAUGCUUGCUAAGCAAGCUUGGAGACUCACUACAAAAACAUAUACUCCAGAUUCUUCUUUUCUUGAGGCAAAGUUGGGAAGGAAUCGUUCCUAUAUUUGGCGUAGCAUUCUGGAAGCACAACCAGUUCUUACCGAAAACAUUCGAAGACGAGCUGGUCACGGUAGAGAUGUGUGUGUGUCGGCUGAUGCAUGGCUCCCACGGCCAGGGUCGGCCCAUGUAGUCUCUCAAAGACCUCCUUAUAUUCGAGAUAUGAAUGUUGCGGCAUUAAGGUCGAAGGAUAGUUCAGCUUGGAAUGUUGAGCGGAUCUCCUCUCUUUUUAUUGCACAAGAUUGCAGAACGAUUCUCAGCAUCCCUAUAAGUGUGUACCCGCAAGAUGAUACUGUUUGGUGGGGCGGGGAAAAGGAUGGCACGUUCACGGUUAAGAGUUGUCACAGGUUAAAGGCAGGGCCGGGGCCGGGGUUGAUGAGUGAGUGGCUUGGUUGGACAAAGGUGUGGGGAUUACAAAUACUGCCAAAGGUAAAAUUCUUUUUCUGGCAAACAAUGACUGGAAGCGUUCCCGUAGCGUCGAGACUGUGUCGAAGGGGGGUUGAUAUACAACCAGAAUGUAGACUUCGUGGGGUUGAAGAAGAAACAUUAAUGCACGCUUUUCAUUCAUGCAUUAAAUCGAAGGGGGUAUGGCAAAUAGACAAAUAGUAGAUACUGGUUUUGACAUUUCAGCUCCAAGUUUGACAUACUGGGUUAGAAAACUUUUGGAGGGGAAAGAUGAUGAGACAUGGUGCAGAUUAGUUAUGAUAUUUUGGAGCUUGAUAGAAAGGAGAAAUGAGUUGGUUUGGAAAGGUGUGAAUCAAGAUGAAAGGACUGUUUUAAGGGGGCCAGGUGCUAUGUUGAAGGGCUGGAGAGAAGCUCAAAUUCCAGCAACUACGAGGCAGCAGCUUGGGGAAAAUCAGAUGGCUCAAUGGCAGCGACCUGGAAACGGACGAGUUAAAGUGAAUGUGGAUGCGGCAUGGAACGAGGAGGUGGCCAGACAGGCUUGGGGCUGCAUCGCUCCGGAUUCACAUGGUAUUUUCUUUGGUGCUAAAGAUGUUUUUACUUGUACUGUUAUCCUCAUAUAUCAG